AUGCUGGUCAAGGGUGAGAAAGGAUUCGGCGAGGAAAAGGGGGCAUCUAGAGACCUAGUGCGGGAGCUGGAAGGGGACAGGGAUGCCCUCCCCCCCGGCAGGGCCCAACUUCCUUCUUUCUGGCUCCUGCCAGCGGCUCCCACAGCUGCUGCCAAGGGCAAAGUCCGCAGUACCAGCUUCUUUCACACACAAGGAUUUCCCAGCCGGCAGACGCCGCCGCCGCCGCUGCUUCCUUCUCGAUCUCCCUCUCCCACUGGCAAAGGCAUCCACCCAGGAAGAAGAGGGAGGCGGGAGAAGAGAGAGGUGACUGAAAAUAAAAUCGUUUGAUAGUUAAGGAGCAGAAGGGAGGGGGAACCAUGCACCCCCUUUCGACCUCCUCCUCCUCCUCCGGCUGCUGCAGCUCCUCCUCCUCCAACACCUGCUGCUUCCAAAGCUGA